CUACUAUUUACUGUUUUUUUCGCAACGUUUUUUAAAAACACUUGCAUUUAUUAUUGUGUUGUCAACAAUACGUUUCUGUCUCCAAUUAAUGCUUCAGCUUCGCGACCACUCAACACUCUUCGCUAUACACAAGAAUCGAGCUUUCUCUUCUCUCUCUCUCUCUCUCUCUCUCUCUCUGACUAAAGGGUCCAAACCUUUCUCUUCCCACUUUCUCUCUCUGGGUAGAAAAGAUCAGAGACCUUGCAAAUCUUUGGAAGUUGUUUGUUUGCAGAUGGAUUUUGGUAAACAGAAUGGUGACUCUCCUCGCUCAUGUUCCUGUCAUUCAUAACAACCCAAGUGUGUGACAUCUGGAUGAGAAUAUGAUGAUGGGUGAGAAACAAGGUUCGAAGGGUGGAGGAGGUUAUGUUGGUGGCUUCUUCCAGCUGUUUGAUUGGAAUGCAAAAUCUCGAAAGAAGUUGUACUUGAGCAAAUCUGAUUUACCAGAGCAAUCAAAACAGAAAAAGAGAAGUGAUGGGAAUCUUCCAACGACACGGUUCAAUCUGAUGGAAGAGGAUGAACCUGUUUCAGGUUCAAGUAUCAAGGGAAGUAGCGACUACAGUUGUGCUUCAUCAGUGACUGAUGAGGAAGGAUACAAAGCUAGGGCACCCGGGGUAGUUGCUAGGCUUAUGGGAUUGGAUUCCUUACCAACAUCCAAUCUUACCGAUCCCUUCUCUAUCCCAUUCUUCGAUUCCCAAUCUCUUCAAGACGCUCAAUACCACCGAAGAAACCUCCAAUUUCAUCAUGACAAUCAAAUCACGCAUUCUGGACAUUUGCACAACAAGGUGGAUGCCCCUAUUCAGAAGGCAAUGGAACCAAAGCCUCAGAAAAUGAUAAAUAAGCCAAUUGAGAAGUUCCAAAGUGAGAUUUUACCUCCAAAAUCAGCUAAAUCAAUUCCAAUUACCCACCAAAAGCUUUUGUCUCCCAUCAAAAAUCCUGGUUUCAUUCCAUCUAAGAACGCAGCUCACUUAAUGGAAGCAGCUGCUAAGAUUAUAGAGCAAGGACCUCAAGUGAACAAGACGAAAAUGCCUCUUCUAGGGACCUCCUCAGUUCCCUUCAAAGUCCGAGAUUUGAAAGAGAAAAUGGAAGCUGUUCAAAAACCAUGUAGUUCUAGAAGGCCAGUUGAAUCAAAUCCCGCUAAAUUUCUCAAGGGGCAGUCUAUGAAUAAGAGCUGGAAUGGAUCAGACGAUUCAGAAGAUUGUUCUGGUAUGAUGAACAAGGGAAAAUCUAUUUCACUUGCACUCCAAGCGAAGGUUAAUGUUCAAAGAAGAGAAGGCUUGAGCCCGAGUGGCAGUAGAGGUUUAUUUGGCCAGAAAGAAAAGCGUGAGGCCAUGUCAAGCCAGCCAUUUAAAUGUCAAUCAAAUAGCCAAAAGAGUACGCAGAAGAAACCUUUUAAACAUAAUGCUUCUAAUGUGCUAAGGCAAAAUAAUCAGAAACAGAACUGCCUAAUUGAAAAGGAAAAGCUACCCUCAAAGUCAUUGCUUUCGAACUCACAAGGUAGAAAAGGGUUGUCUGGAGAUUCUUCAUCAGGGAGACAGAAAAACGCAAGCAAAUAUGGAGGGAACUCAAAAGUUGGGUCGAGAAAGUUGAACCCAGAGGUAACAUAUAGUAAAAAUGAAGCCUCGUAUUCCAGCACAAGAAAUGUUCCUCGCAAGAAACGCUCCAUUGAUGGGAAUUUCCGCCUGGAUAAUGAUCAGGUUGUCGAUAGCAUGUUAGUUGAUAAAACUGAGAAGACAAUACAAUCUAAUUCAGUUGUUGAUAGGCACUUUACUUGGGCUGAGGAUAACAAAAGGAAAGGGUUGGAUGUUGUUUCUUUUACAUUCACAGCUCCAAUGACACGAUCAAUACCGGGAGGUGAGAUCUCAAGACAGGUUGUUUCAGAGAAAAACAAUGGUUUUUGUGCAGACUAUAGAGGUAAAAAGGUGCUAUUUGACUCAAAUAGUACAAAUAGUGGAAAGGUUUCUUCCCCGCGAUGUAAUGUGAUAGGGGCUGAUGCUUUAAGCAGUCUUUUGGAGCAAAAGCUAAGGGAAUUAACUCAUGGAGAGUCUUCCCGGUACAGAGCAGGGAUGGUUGGUACGUCUGCUUUGAUUUUUCAAAAUUUGAUUCCCACCACACCAAUGUCACAUGAUAAAAGGAGCCAAGAUGGGAUGCAUAGAGAGAAAUUGAGUGGGCAAUAUGGCUUCAAUUUUUCUUCAAUCGAUUCACGGGGACUCAUGACUAAACACAAGCUUAAGGAAGCAUUAGAAAUGGAUGAGUGCAGCAGUGAUGAUACUGAAACCAUAACAUUGCUCCAGUGUCGACAUCCAAGUCCAAUAUCAGUUCUUGAACCUUCUUUUCAAACAGAAAGUUGCUACUCCUCAGAGAGUGCAGAUAGUAACAGCAUAGAAGGUGGUAGCAAGCAUUGCUCGUCAUCCAUUCAAGCUAUAGAAGUUCUUGGUAGGAGUUCUUCAAAGAAGUUCCAUUUAAUGGAGACAGAUACAGAAUUAGCAGACUCAGCUUCUUCCAUAUCUAUUAGAACUAUUGCUAGAAGGAAUAAAACUGAUUGGGAGCUAGAAUAUGUGAAUGACGUACUGUUUAAUGUGGAGCUAAUGUUUAAGGACUUUGCAUUGGGGCGAGCACGUGAGAUCAUAAACCCUCAUCUUUUUGAUCAGUUGGAAAGUCGAAAAGAGGUCAAGGAAAGUCAAGGAGACGAUCCUAAGAUGACACGAAAGGUUUUGUUUGAAUGCGUGAGCGAAUGUAUGGACUUGAGGUGUAGGCGUUAUGCAAGCGGGGGACACAGAACAUGGGCAAGAGGGUUGUCGACUUUGAGAAGAAAAGACCGGUUAGCUAAAGAAGUGUACAAGGAGAUUUCAAGUUGGAGAGGGAUGGCAGAUUGUAUGGUGGAUGACCUCGUGGACAAGGAUAUGAGCGGAAAGUAUGGAAAAUGGGUAGAUUUCGAAGUUGAAGCAUUUGAAUUGGGACUAGAGAUUGAAGAUCAAAUUCUUGAUUCUUUGGUUAACGAAGUUGCUGCUGAUGUUUUUCUACUCUGAUGGCUUGAUCCUAAUAUUCUUUCACAUCCAUUGUAAGUUAUUAUCAACAUACAUGUUCUUGGGAAAUCUUGUAUAUUUGAAUUUUUAAUUUGGUUGUUCUGAUCACUAUUUUGUACUGUUUCUUUGUUGUGAUUUAGUUGAACAUAGUCUUUGAAAAUUAUAAUCAGAAAAAACAAUGCAGUAAUGUGGAGCUAUA